UACUUUUUUUACACCCAGAAAUUUUUUGCAUUCCACAAAUCUCACAAAAUCUCACGGAAAAAAUGUCUGAAGACAUCAAACACUACUUCAACGGACUUCUCCAAAAAGUUUCCGGGCUUUAUUGCAUCUUAGUGACAGAUCGCGACGGAGUUCCGCUGGUCAAAGUCGCAAACGAAAAUGCGCCCGAAGCACUCAUGAAAAAACCUUCGCAACUCUCAAUUUUCACACAAUGCUCGGAGCAGGCGGGCAAAUUGCAUCUCGGCAAGAACAAAAGCAUCAUUUGCAUGUACUCAAAUUAUCAGAUCAUUCACUUCAACAAGUUGCCUUCGCUCAUCGUGACGUUCGUCGGAAGUGAGAAUUUCAAUACGGGCUACGUGCUGUCGCUGGAAGAACAAAUCGAUAAAUAUUUGGACGAUUUACGGGUUGCGGUCGAAGCGUCGUGCUAA